CCGGCCUAAGCUGGCACACCCGGACCCCACAAAUAUUACCACUCGAGCAAACCCUAGACCGUAGUCAAACCACACUCCCCGUCUUCACUGCACUCUCCUUCGUUCCUCCUCUUCCCUCCCCUCCUAUUCCGAUCCAAUGUCAAGCUCCGACGACACACGUUCAACGUCGACUACCCAGUCAACUGGGAGUCGCUGUUGCGCGAGGCGGAGGCAGACAACGAGUAGAGCUCGCUGUCCGCAUCGCGUUGUGCCGGUUGCGACUACAAGGCAGAGGCGGAAGGUCUGUCCCCAUGCCUUUUGGCGACACGAGUAGCGGUGAAACUUCUUCAUGAAGGAGACAACUUUGCAAUCAUGCACCUAGCUACAAAUUUGCCAGCCAGAAAAAUAUUUCUGUGAAGGAUGUUGGAUCCAAAAGCGAGGAAGCUUUCAGGCUACUGCUAGGAGCUGCUUUUGUGCAAAAAAGGAGGUGCUUGUGAAAUUAGUUAAUAGCCAAGAGGUGUUUCGAAAAACAUUUCCAUAGAAACAGUUGGGUGAGUAAAAAACUGAGAUCUGAAGGACCAGAAAGCACUGGAACUAUACAUCUGAAACAAGUGAUAAGGCUUAAAUCCAGAAAGAUAUCAGAGAAUCCAUAGUCACUAAUCCAAUGUGAACUAUGACAUCUUCCAUGUUUAGGGGCCUGUUUAAAAGGUAUAAGGCGAUGCCAACACCUGCUGGAGCUCAAGCCUCUCGCAAUGGGCAAUGGCUGCUUGUGUAGUGGCGUCAGAAGCAAAGUCACCACGUGAAAACCUGUUGAUGCUGCUGUCGAUUGCGGGAGAUGAAUGCUGAAUGUCUACGUCUUGCUUAGCAUAUGAAGGUGAGGCGUGUAAUGAGUCAGCAACAACGCAUGUGAUUCACUGAGUUUAAAGAAGAUGACAACAUACAAUUAGAAGCGACUUAGAGAGGAGCGAUGCGGCGGCAUAGAGGUGACAUAGAAGAAGAUGCGGUUGUAGAGAAGAAGUGAGAGCAAGACGCCGGUAGUUGCCGAAAAAGAGUUUCCCCCCGCUUUAUAUUAUAAAGCCAACAUCAUCACAACAUCCGGACAGACCGAUACAACGCACACCACCACCGCACACAACACACACACCCAAGACAUGAUACAAAGGUGUCAAGCACCGACCCCCAAUGCCACCGCCAACCAAGCUAACUAAAAAUGACGAAGGAUAACCGCUUGAAGAGGACGGAGACCUCCACGAAGAAACGAGGAGGGGGAUACGGUCAUGACAGAGCAGGGACUCCAAGACAGUGCCUCCUAGAAGGGGACGCCCAUGGAUAGCCGCCACCGUCCGAUCUGUAGAUCAAGUUUUCACCCGGAGUCACAUGCGAGGGGUAGGAGCACCGCCACGGCGCCUUCAUGAAGGAUACGACGACCACGGCCGCCGCCGCCGUCGGCCAGUACAAGGACUGGGCAAGUGAUGAACUCCGGCGCUCGCACCCCUCUGACAUACCCUCGCUCUGCCAACCAGCCGCAACCAAGCCCCCCGCAAGGCCAUGGUUGCCCGCCCACACCCGAGACAUAGGUUCCGUCCACGAAAGCCACUCCUCCCGCCGCCAGGGCCGCCGCCCAACAUCCAAACACCCCCAAGAUCAUCCAAAAGGAUCAAACUUUGGACCAAGGGGACACAGCAGACCGACGAGCCGCAGAAUGUGUCCCGCCUUGAAUAUCGCCGGCGCUACAGCCGCCCGCACGCGGCCGGGGAAAGGGGGAGGUGGGGGAGCGGACGCAUCCAGACCGGCACACCCCUGUGCCGGUGACAGGGGCCUGAGCACGUCGGCGCCGCCCAUCCCUCCAGCCAAAUCCCUCCCCCCGGACACACCCCUGUGCCGCCCCGCCUCGGCGCCCAGCACAGAGCCGCGCAAGGCCACCAACACAGCCCCAGCCACCGGCAAGGAGUUCCCACCAGGACCGCCGCCCACCCCCGAGGAAGCUCACCGGGGAGUCCAACUGCGCCGCCGUCGCCGUCUAGCCGGCGGGACGCCUGGAAACCGAGCAGCCCGCCCACCUGCAACCGCCGCUGCGCCUCCGCCCCUACCAGCCAUGGCCACGGCAGAGGCGGACGCCCGCAGCCCACCCUGCUCCUGGCCCGCGCCGCCUGGGCCCAGAUCUGGCCGCAUGCCGAUAGGGUCAACGCCGCCGGAGCCCACCGCGCCCCACCACGCCUCAGCCCCUUCAUACCGCCACCCGCAGCCCGCGUCUCCGCCGCCUGCUGCUGCUGCCGCGCCGCCGUGCCUCGAGGAAAGCGCUGCGCCGCCACCCGAUCUUGGAUCCCGCGAUCGUCGGCCCGGGUGGGGGAAGGAGGAACACCCCGCCGCCGCCCGCGCUGGCAGGGCUUAG